UCCGCCGUCGGGUCGGUGGGCAGCGGGCUGCCGGUGAUUGACCAGCUCCUCUCCUUGAUCUGUCAGCCUGCUCGCCUUGGCGCCUCCCCUCUCCUCUAUAAAUGAACCAAGUCUGUUCACUGCGCUCAUUGCGCGCCUGCUGAAGUGAGAGGAACCGGAGGGCUUCGCGGGAUGUGUUGACAGACCAGAAUUCCUCCUUUUGGGUUUCGCUUCGCGCUCGGUCUUCUGCAGCUUCUCGUUGUCGUCGCUGCCGUGUUCAGAAGCGGCUCCUGCUCGGGUUCUUAUUGUUUCAUUAUCGCCGCUGCCUCCGCGCGAGAGCCGUCGGGUUACUUAAGAUGAAGGCUGUUACUCCAGUCCACCCCCAGGACUCCUCCUCCUCCUCCUCCUCUUCUUCAUCCUCCUCCUCCUCCAGCGGCGGCAGCAGCAGCCAGCUCUCCCUGCACUAUCUGUCGAAGCAGAGCCUGAACAUCGCCCGGUGCCGGAUGGAAGAGGAGGAUCUGUUCUGCUUGCAGUACGACAUGAACGACUGCUACAGCCGCCUGAAGCGCCUGGUGCCCACCAUUCCGCAGGACAAGAAAGUGAGCAAAGUGGAGAUCCUCCAGCAUGUCAUAGACUACAUCCUGGACCUGCAGCUGGCUCUGGAGACGCACCCUUCCCUGCAGAAGCAGCCGCCUCAGCGGACCUGCCCGCCGGCAGCCUCCAACCCCAACAGGACGCCGCUGACGGUGCUCAACAUCGACCACCACCAGAGAACAUCAAUAGUGAAAAAACCAGAGGACUCAGUUUUAUGCCGCUGAGACAUCGAUGCUGCAUUUGGUGUGCAGGCAGCGCAGAGCCGCUCCAAAAGUCAGCAAAGCUUCGCCAGGGACUCACACACCCAACUGGAGGCACAGUGUCACAAGAGGGAGGGAUGGGGGGGAAACACACACGCACACACACCCGCUGAGAGGAAAUAAACCCGAAUAAAAUCUUUUUUUUUUUUUUUCACAUCAGCUUUUUCCUUCAUAAUGUUGAUUCUGAGAAAGGGAAACAAAAUGGACUCAUCUCCUUCAAGUUCUCUCUUUUUAGUUUUCAUGCUGUUUUUUUUUUUUUUUUAAGUUCUUAACGUGUGAAAGCGUCGACUUCCCAUCUCCGAGGUUCUUUCUUUCUUUUCCUUGUCAGAAACCGAUUCGCCGAGCGACGGAUUGUGAAUUGUGUCCGAGAGACUCCUGCUCAAAGCUUUACUAAACUGCGAAAAAAGAAAGAAAAGAAGACAAAAAAAAAGAAAAUCAUUGUACACGUUCCUCACAUCUAUUGUUUAAAAUAGAUGACUUGUGUUUUGAAAAGGGACGCCGGUCCCUGGUACCUUAAACAUGUUUGAUAUUGUAAAGAAGAACAAUUCUGAUUCGAGACAAUUAAGCUUGUAAAUACAGAGACACAAAUGUUCUAUUAAGGUAUGUGGAAGGACUUAUAUGAGUAAAUAGAUUAUUGUAAUUAUUAUAAGAUAUUUUUUAUUGAAAACCGUUGGGUUUUUUGUUUGUUUCUUUGUUUUUUGGGGGGGGCGGAGGGGUUUGCAGUUCUGUAAAUAUUGUGUUUCCACUUUUAGUGAAUGUUUUAUGCUCUGCCGGUUAUGUCCUCACAUGAUGAUAUCAUUAAACUCUUUGCAGUGUUUGAAAUAGUUUGAAAUGUAGCAUGUCAGGCUCAUCACAAAGAUGCUGAAUGUGCACUGAAGCACAUUCGGCAUUUCCCCUCCCCCUGCAUCCUCCAUCGACUUUUCUCCUCAAAUCUUUUUAUUGUCUUGAUUUGAUUCUGUUCAGAUGCUAAAAUGAAACCCAAGAGCACUUCCAAGAGGAAAACAAGACAAAACAAAAAUCCGCAGCUCACCGUCUCUUGAGUUUCUCCUUAAGCAGUAAAUGAUUUACUUGAAGAAAUCAUUAAGCUUUUGGUUAUAAAUUGGUGGAAUACUUUAACAAACAGGCGACGUGUCUACGUUGACCUGAGGUGAUUGUUCUGCCGGCGGCCUUUAAACGAGGGGAGGAAAAAACUUUUAACUUUUAAUGACGUUCAGCACUGAAUUUACCUCACCACCCUCCUGCCAGUGCAAGAGGGCACUUGUACGUUUUGGUCUACUGCACUGUUGGACUUGACCACUGGCUUGUGAGGAGUUGUCGCAACAAUUAAAAUUUCCCAGAAGAA